UCGAUACAUGAAAGAGCAAAACGGUGGAAACGAAUGCGCUGCUAAUUUUUGUGCAUGUUUCUCAGCCCUCUUCCUUAUCAUGGCGCUUCGGCUGUCAAGGUUUCUCCUGAUCUUCCUUCAUAUUGUUGCUCAUAUCUGCCGAUCACCUGUGGCUGCACUCAGUAGCAUCUUUGUCUUAAACCGCUUCCAGCAGUCGGACUUGAGCUUAUCAGACUCCGCAACCAUAACUCAGACGGGGGCCCUUUGCCUGACUAACUGUCAUCAUAGCACAAAUCCAGCCAUCAAAGGCCAUGCGUUCUACCCUUCAAUUCUUCAAUUCAAAAAAUCUCCCGUUGCUAGGACAACCCAAUCGUUCAGUACUCAUUUCGUGUUUGAAAUCGAAUCGGAGUUCCAGGAGCAAGGUGGCCAUGGCUUCGCCUUCGUAGUUUCGCCCUCCACCAACUUCUCCGAUGCCACUGGAGGGCCUUACCUUGGCCUCUUCAACGAGUCGAACAACGGAAAUCCAACCAAUCAUAUAUUUGCUGUUGAAUUCGACACAGUUCAACAAGCACAUUUGGAUGACAUAGAUGGAAACCAUGUGGGCAUCGAUGUCAAUGGUGUGAACUCCAGUGUCUCCGAAUCGGCUGCGUACUAUACAGACUAUGGCAAGAUGGAAGUGGUGGUUCUAGACAGCCUGACGCCCAUUCAGGCAUGGAUAGAAUAUGAUGGACAGAUGAAGCAGCUGAAUGUCACCAUAGCUCCAGUGUCCCACCCACUCAAGCCUACCCGCUCGCUAAUAUCAUAUUCCAUUGACCUGUCUUCUAUUCUGCUCGAACACAUGUAUGUUGGCUUCUCUUCUGGUACACAAAGGCUGGUUAGCAAGCACUAUAUUUUGGGAUGGAGCUUCAAGAUGGACGAACCAGAACUGGACCUUUCAAGCCUUCCCUCUAUUAGUGAUGAAGCUCCUGUGUGGAAGUCUUCUAAGUUGUUCUUGAACAUUUCCGUAGCAUCGGUGGCUCUAUCGUUUCUCAUUAUCACAGCUGGCAUUUUUUUUUUGGCCUAUAGGAAGCGAAAGCUCACAUCCGAAAAGAUAGAAGGAUGGGAGAUAGACUACCCACAUAGGUUCUCGUACAAGGAACUCUACAGGGCAACCAAGGGUUUCAAGGAUGAAUUGGGCAAAGGAGGUUUCGGCAGUGUCUACAAAGGUGUUCUGCCAGGCACCGGAAUAGAGGUUGCGGUCAAGAAAGUAUCACAUGAAUCAAGACAGGGAAUGAGGGAGUUUGUUGCAGAAGUGUCGAGCUUGGGGAGGAUGAGACACAGAAACCUGGUCCAAUUGCAUGGUUGGUGUAGACGAGGAGACGACCUGCUCCUGGUUUAUGAAUUGAUGCCCAAUGGGAGCCUAGACGGUUUCCUUUUUGAUGUGAAAGCGGGAUGCCUCAGUUGGGAACAGAGGUUCAAUAUUCUGAAGGGAAUUGCUUCCGGCCUGCUGUAUCUUCAUGAAGAAUGGGAGCAAGUGGUUGUGCACAGAGAUGUUAAAGCAAGUAACGUGUUGUUGGAUGGUGAUCUAAAUGGCAGGCUGAGUGAUUUUGGGCUUGCCAGACUCUAUGAGCAUGAGACAAAUCCAAAGACAACCCACAUCGUUGGGAGUUUUGGGUACAUGGCGCCGGAGCUCUCCCGCACCUACAAGUCCACGACGAGUUCGGAUGUGUAUUCUUAUGGUGCCUUACUCCUAGAGGUGGCCUGUGGCAGGAGGCCUUUUGAGCCCGGGAGGCCCUCUGAGGAGAUUAUUCUGGUUGAGUUAGUCGACUCUCUGUGGAAGGGUGGACGAAUACUGGACGCUAUGGACAAGAAGCUCGAGAAUUGCUAUGUGGUGGAGGAAGCAGAGCUUGUGCUGAAGCUUGGCGUUCUCUGCUCACAGAAUGCGCCAGAAUCAAGGCCAAGCAUGCGGCAAUUGACUCAGUUUCUUAAUGGCGAUGCCUCCGUACAAGAAUAUCUAAAUUACAAGGAUUCAGUAAUUCAAGACGAUAUAGGCAUGGACCAAAAUCCUUCCUCAGAUAAGGUCAUCAACAACUUCAGACACUCAGGCUGAUCAUAACAUAUGAAGACAACUCCAGCAUGCCUUUGCAGAAGCAUCAGUUAGAAGUCAUCGUUCUGUAAAUCCUAUUGCGAGUUGUUAAGCUAGCAGAAUAUGAUACUUCGCUUGAUUCUUCUUGACUGGUAAUUGGCUACAAGAUCUCUCACGUCUGUCAUUCUUGUGUCCCAGUCCCAGUCACGUUGCUGUUCCCUGUGCCGUUUCUCUUACUCCAAGCCGUACAGGCUUCGCCUACCAAAAUGUUUAUAUGAUUUGUACUACUUAACUAAGUUCGAUCGUUUUCUCGCUUUUUGUUUUACUUCUUUUGGGUCAUGAGGAGUUCAGUAUGAAUAAAUUGUUCAAGGUUUCA